AGUGCGCAGGCGCAAUGCCACUUACCCAGCAUGGAAGUGGUCGGUCUCGUGUGUGUGGUGGGGGCGCUCCUCGCUUGGGGCUUCUGGGUUUGGGACUCUUCAGAACGAACGAAGAGUCAGAAGCAGGCAGGCUUGCUGGGAGCUGGAAGGCGGACCCUCCUGGUGAUCGCGCACCCCGAUGAUGAAGCCAUGUUCUUUGCUCCCACCGUGCUAGGCUUGGCCCGCCUAAAGCACCAGGUGUCCCUGCUUUGCUUCUCUGCAGGAAAUUACUACAAUCAAGGAGAGAUUCGUAAGAAAGAACUUUUGCAGAGCUGUGAUGUUUUGGGGAUUCCACCCUCCAGUGUAAUGAUUAUUGACAACAGGGAUUUCCCAGAUGACCCAGGAGUGCAGUGGGACACAGAGCUCGUGGCCAGCAUGCUCCUCCAGCACGUAGAAGCAAAUGACAUCAACCUGGUGGUGACCUUUGAUGCAGGGGGAGUCAGCGGCCACAGCAACCACGUGGCCCUGUACGCGGCUGUGAGGGCCCUGCGCUCAGAAAAGAAGUUACCUGAAGCAGGGUGCCCGGUGCUCACGCUGCGGUCUGUGAAUGUGCUGCGCAAGUACCUCUCCCUCCUGGACCUGCCCUGGUCUCUGCUACACUCCCACGACGUCCUCUUCGUGCUCACCAGCGCAGAAGUGGCCCGGGCCAAGAGAGCCAUGUCCUGCCACCGCAGCCAGCUCCUCUGGUUCCGCCGCCUCUAUGUUCUGUUCUCCCGGUACAUGAGAAUCAACUCACUGCACUUCCUCUGAAGCCUUGAAGAGUUUUCAGAUUCAAGGAACAAAGGUGGAAGAGAGACCACGAAGCACAGGGGACCUGGCCUGGCACUGGCGUAUUUGCCUGUGCCAGAGGAGAUGCAUCUAGAGCAGCCUCUGCAAAAGGGAGCCGCUGUCGCCAGGUGGUGUCCAAACUUCAGCUUCCUCCUCUGGGAGAAAGCCCAACGAACCAAAAACAAACCAACCCAAGGAUAAUAAUAGGUACCUUGCUAGCUUCUCAAGCUCUUGUGAAAAACAAUUUGCAUAAUAACACAGUGUAUGUUGAAAACCUAGCACAGAGCCUGGGCAGGUCACUGUUAUCAUAAAUGAAUGUAAAAGUGCUCUAAAAACACU